AUGUCCUCCUCCUCGUCGGCGUCGGUGUCGGCCUUUGCUGGUGAGGAUCACAGUCCCAAGCCAGCAGCGAAGGACUCGUCGAGCCAUGUUUCAUCAUGUUCUACGCGAUCAUCCACCCGGGCCGGCUCAGAGUGCAAGGGGAAGAAGCAGAGGAAGCCGACGGCCGAUGCCGGGACGGCGGACGAUCAAGUCAUCUGGGCAUCCCCGCCGCAAUCGCAGAUCGUUGGGCCGAUACACCUUCUCAAGCUCAGCUCGCCCGACGGCUCGACCGGCGAUCACGACCCGGACGGACGGCCGCUCCGAGCGCCCGCUCGACUGGGCGGCCCGCCGACGGCUAUCACCUCCGCGAUCCCGCUGGUCGGUACGACAAUGCUCGACUCCGCCGAGCCUCACCCGGAGCCCAGGCCGGCGCCGGCUGCGCCCCAUCUGGCCAAGGACCGUGCGAAGCGCAAGAGGACUCCCGACGAGCAGCAGCCGCCGGCUACGACCACUCCUCCAGCUGGCGACUGUCAACCGGACCCCCCUCCCAAACUGGCUGGAUGGAACCGAAAAACGAUCCCACAGUUGACUAGCAUAUUCAUCGCUCGCCCCAGAUCCUCCGCUCUCUUCCGCCUACCCAAAAGACCUUCCCACCGCUCCAAAAAACUCUCUUGCUCGCAUCGCAUCAUCUUUGGUCGUCGACCCGCCUCCUCAUCUAAACCCAGGCCAAGAACUAGACCAUCCUGA